AUGUCCUAUUUCCUGCCGCAUUUGCCAUCGGGCUGGCACGUCGACCAGGCUAUUCUCUCAGAAGACGACAGAGUGGUCGUUAUACGCUUCGGUAAGGACUCAGAUCCGAAUUGCAUGGUGAUGGACGAGACGCUGUACAAUAUCUCAGAGAGCGUGGCUAAUUUCGCAGUUGUGUAUUUGUGCGAUAACACGCUCGUGCCUGAUUUCAACAAGAUGUACGAACUGUACGAUGACACUACAGUCAUGUUUUUCUACCGCAACAAACACAUCAUGAUCGAUCUUGGCACAGGCAACAACAACAAGAUCAACUGGCCGAUGGACAACAAGCAGGAAAUGAUUGAUAUCAUCGAGACCGUCUACAGAGGCGCUUCCAAAGGACGUGGGUUGGUUGUCUCACCCAAGGAUUAUUCAACGCGGUAUAAAUAUUAG